AUGCGCGAGAAUGCCGUGGCUGAAAACGUGCUCGGCACAAUCGGUACAGUGCUGUGGUCCUUCCAACUGGUGCCGCAGAUCCUCAAAUCGUAUCGCUCCAAGGAUACCGAUGGACUGUCUGCCUGGUUGCUCUUCAUCUGGGUCGCGGGCUCCAUUCCACAAGCAACCUAUCUCGUGGUUCAAAAUAUCAACAUUCCGCUCAUCAUUCAACCCCAACUCUUCUCCGCUUUUGCCAUCAUCGCCAUGGCACAAUGCUGGCACUACUCGCACCGCCUAUCCACGUACAGAUGCAUUCUUGGUGCGCUAGCAACAGCAGCGAUAGCGGGCACAGUCGAAGUCGCGUUUUACUUCCUAUGCAAGCUCGGCGAAAAUAGGGGCACCUCAGCUGCCACCAAAACCAUGGGCAUCGUAGGUGCCGUCUUGAUCGUAGCAGGCCUGAUACCACAGUACUACGAGAUUUUGAGACUCAAAGAGGUUCGAGGCAUCAGUAUGUGGUUUUUGGCCAUCGAUUGUUCAGGUGGUGUGUUUAGCUUGUUGAGUCUCGUCUUCAAGCACAGCUUCGACGCCAUUGCUGCUGCCAACUAUAUCGGUAUCGUUGUGUUGGAAGUGGGUAUCUUUGGCUGCUAUCUCUUUCUCAAUCCGAAAGCUGCUCGUAGACGCUUGCAACGAGAGCGGUCAUCUUCAGAGGUCGGAUCGCAGCCAGCAGCAACAACAUCAACACCACUGCCACCGCCACCGUCAUCGACAACAGCAACAUCAGCAGCACCAACAAACCUUGAUCUCAAGAACCCACAUCAGACGACAACCUCCAAUGACAACACACCAGAUUGGUCAGCACACACAACAUGCGACGAAAAGCAAUCGCUCACUCUGGCAACCCCGGUACAACCGAAAUGA